GGCUGGAAACGUGACGACAGCGGAUGCCCCUGAUUACGCUUUGUUUGUAAACGACCGCCAUUGCAACUGUAGCACCUACUUUCCAAUAUGGCUGGAAGAAAGAGACGUGGUGCCCCGCUUGAUGACCCAGUUUCUAGCAUCUAUCGCGAGAUGCUUGCUGAAGCUGGUGCGAACUCGGCAAGAGAUGGGCAGUCACCCUUAAAGAGAAAACGGCCUGGGGAGAGAAGCACUCAAACCCCGGCGGCAGAAGGCUCUAGGCAGCAGGAAAACGGCCCCCGCCGAGAAGAGGAUGCUGAAGAAGAAGAAGAAGAAGAUGAUGAUGAUGAAGACGAUGGAGUCGAGUUUGAGGAUGUCUCGCUCCCUACGCCGACCCUGCAGACUAUCACGAGAAACUCGGAUGACGAGGAAGAAGAUGAGGAUGGUGAUGAUGAGGAUGUUCCAUUUGAAGAUGUGGACUUCGAUUUCGAGGCGUUACAAUCCAUUCCAGCUCCUCUUGGUGAUCAGCCCAAGGACCUGAAUCUCAAUCUCACGGCCCAGAAAGAAGCCAUGACUCCCCGCCGCUCCGCAGACAGGCGAAAACCGGUUACGAAGGAGGAGAAGUCGCGCCGAGUCGAGGUGCAUAAGGUGCACCUCCUGUGCCUCUUAUCUCACGUUUCCCUUCGGAAUCGGUGGUGUAAUAGCCCCGAAGUCCAGGACGCCCUGCGACCUUUGCUGUCGGGAAAAAUGAUCAAGUACCUGAAUCCUGGGUCUCAGCUCUCGCAAUUUGGCCGGACAGAAUCCUUAAAGAAUGGCUUGCAGCAAGUCGGUGACAUGUUUCGAAUCAAAUUCGCCAUCACUGAGCGUGGCAUACGGAGAGCGUUGUGGGCAGAAGACAGCCACCAGUUGCAAGAUUACCACCUCCCUGAUGAUAUCGAAUCGACUUUUGCAAAGGAUGACUUCCUGGAGGCCGCAAAGUCUCUCAAGGGCUCGCGGGAUGUCGGUGCCCAACUGUUUUGCGCUCUACUUCGAAGCACUGGCGUGCAGACACGGCUUGUCUGUUCAUUGCAGCCUCUAGCCUGCGUUCCCGGAGCCCCAACUAUGCCGAAACUGAAAAAUCCCAGGACGCCGUCUAAGAGGCCAAAAGCCGAUGAGUAUAGGGCAGCAAUGGCGAUUUACGAGACAAAACAGGCCGAGUCCUCAAACUCUACGGACACGCCUUCGCCUCGGAGACGACUCGGUCACCCCCAUGCGGCUGCAUACCAUGUCCCAACGAUACCCUCGCCAUCCACCGUAAUAGCCCGGGCUCCAGCCAACCCAGCCCGGAAAGUCAUACGAGGCGAGUCCCCCUUUCCAGUCUACUGGGUCGAAAUUCUCGACAUCGCCCAUCAAAAGUGGCAACCAGUAGACCCAUUUAUGACACGCACCCAAUGGAAACCCAAGGCUCUUGAGCCGCCGGCUUCAGACCGUGACAAUUGCAUGACUUAUGUAGUUGUAUUCGAGACGGACGGCAGCGCAAAAGACGUGACGCGGCGGUAUGCAAAAGCGUAUAACUCGAAAACUCGCAAGAUGCGCAUCGAAGGCGUCGGUACCAUCGGCAGUACGGCCGCAGACAGCACAAGCCGCACGAGUGGCGAGCGCUGGUGGCGGCGUGCGAUGCGCAGAUAUGCCAAACCGUGGCCGACAGAUCUGGACCAGAUUGAGAAUAACGAGCUCGCUGCGGACGAGGCGAAGGAGCCCAUGCCGCGUAACGUCGCCGACUUCAAAGACCAUCCGGUAUAUGCCCUGGAGCGCCACUUUCGCCGGCACGAGGUUCUCGUUCCCGGGGCUCAGCCUGCCGGGACUGUGGGCGCCGGUAACAAGGGGGCGCUAGAGCGUAUUUACCGGAGACGGGAUGUCCGCGUUGCAAGAUCCAGAGAUAAGUGGUAUCGUCUCGGGAGGGAGGUCAAGUUUGGCGAAGAACCCGUCAAGUUCCUACCCAGGCGGGUGACUAGGAAGUCGACGUUCGACGAUGACGAAGAUAACGAUAGCGAUGACCCUGACAAGGUCGGAUUAUUCGGAGACGAUGCUGCAGGAACGCCGAUAUACAUGUUUGAACAAACGGACUUGUAUAAGCCAGCGCCCGUUGUACGUGGACGAGUACCCAAGAACAAGUUCGGUAACUUGGAUGUCUACGUGCCGAGCAUGGUGCCAGAAGGCGGCGUCCACGUUGUGCAUGAGAGGGCUGCACAGGCAGCCUUCAUACUUGGCGUGGAUUAUGCACCAGCCUUGACCGGGUUCCAAUUCAAGGGACGCCGUGGCACCGCCGUCCUGAACGGAGUGGUCAUACCAUCGGAAUGCGAGGAGGCAGUCCGAGCAGCCAUUACCGGGCUUGAUGAUCUGGACGCGGAGAUUGAACAAGAAAGGAGGACGCUGAAAGCGUUGCGCAUGUGGAGCAGGUUCCUCAAGUCUCUUCGAAUCAGAGAGAGGAUAUGGGCUGGCGCUGAUCCAGAUGAAGAGGAUCGAGCGGAAGGCACCGAUCUCGACAAAGGCAAAGGCCGGGCAGCUGAUGAGAACAUGGAUAUCGAUGACGCACAAAGCGAUGUCACUGAGGAAUAUUUUAUGGAGGAAGAUGAGGAAGGGGGCGGUUUCUUGAUCGACUGAUCCCUCAUCUUGGGCACGCCGUGGUCAGACAUCGACGAAAAAUGACCGAUCAUCUGUCAAUAUCUCAGGGAGUUUUGAGCAUACGAACUUUGUCGAUCUGGCUUCUGUGAACAAAGAGAUGAGACUUGUCCCACGGCCUCCGCCAACCGAAUUUCAGAUACGAAUGAUAUAUGACCAUUAC